AUGAACUUACAUCUCAGCAUUAUCAACGCUACAUUUACUAGUAACAAAAUAUUAUUAAAGUAGUUUCACCGCCGUAUACUUAUAAACAUGCUUCAGUGAGUGAAAACCGAAUACAUGAAAAAAGGAAAAAGUUAAUUGGUAAUAUAUAGGUAAAAUUACUACCCGGAAGUACCUAAAAACGACAGUCGUCCGGUGUAAACAUGACGAGUGAUGCAUGCCAGUGCGCAGCUAUCAACGCGCAGCAUUUGAACAUUCGUAGUUCGAUCGGCCAUAUUAUCCUCCGGGUCUUACACAACGCCCUCACACGAACUUUCUCGACUUUACGAGGUAAGCGAAUAUUUAGAGGUUUCGAAUCGCAGGCGAACUUAGCACAAAGUGAAAACACGAUUCCGUGUAAAGAAAGACGAUUUUUGAAGGUAUUUGAAGAGAUCUGUGCCUGCCGGCCGCAAGCUGAACGCAAAAGAUUGAUUAAUGACAGAAAGUAGCCUUCUAUGAGUUAAUGAUUUGACCAUGACAACUAACGUAGCAACAAUUAAGUUAGAAGAGGAGCAGGAAUCUGUAACAGAGAUACAGACAUACUUAGAAACAUUUAAUAGAGAAAUAGAAGGAGGUCAAGGAGAGCAAUUGCAACAUGUACAGUUGCAACAAGUGGAAGGACUGUCAGGUGGAGAAGAAGGUGGAACUUACUUUGUUGACCAAUCUGGUCAAUAUUACUACCAAGCAAAUAAUGAUGAAACACCUGUCAUGACACAGGUUCAAAUUCAAGAAGUAGAAGAAGCAGAUGUAAAUAAUGAUGGAGAAGCACCUCAAGAAGAACAAUACCAUGAAAUUGAAGAAUUAGAAAAUGUUGAUGGUGAUGAAGAUGGCCAGGUAACGAGUAAUGGAAAUAAUGAGGUUGUAAUAAACUCUGGAGAUGCGUAUCAAACAGUAACUAUUGUACCAUCUGAUACCAAUCCUGGUGAAGUCAGUUAUGUACUAAUAGUUCAGCAACCUGAUGCUGAGGAUAAGGAAAGCAAACCAAUAGCACGAGAAGGAACAGAAGGUGAAGAAGGAGAAGGAGAACAAGAUCUUACAGUUUAUGAUUUUGAAGAUAAUGAAGAUAAUGAAGUACCUGUGGAAUCAGAAGUAGAAGAUGACAAAACUAAGAUUGUGAAAAUUUUACCUAAAAAGUCCCAAACUGUUACUCAAGCUCAUAUGUGUAAUUACUGUAACUACACAAGUCCAAAACGAUAUCUGCUAUCACGACAUAUGAAAUCACAUUCUGAGGAAAGGCCACAUAAAUGUAGCGUUUGUGAAAGAGGAUUUAAAACUCUGGCCUCGCUUCAAAAUCAUGUUAAUACACAUACCGGGACCAAGCCACAUCACUGUAAAUUUUGUGAUAGUGCAUUCACAACCUCUGGUGAACUUGUUAGACAUGUUCGAUAUAGACACACACAUGAAAAACCACAUAAAUGUCAUGAAUGUGACUAUGCAUCUGUUGAAUUAUCUAAACUCAAACGUCAUAUUCGGUGUCAUACAGGCGAACGUCCAUAUCAGUGUCCGCAUUGUACAUAUGCAAGUCCUGAUACUUUCAAACUAAAACGCCAUUUGCGCAUACAUACAGGAGAAAAACCAUACGAGUGUGAUUUUUGUCAGGCAAGGUUUACUCAGUCUAACAGCUUAAAAGCUCACAAACUGAUACAUAACGUUGGUGACAAGCCAGUGUUUCAGUGUGAAUUAUGUCCAACGACGUGUGGAAGAAAAACAGAUCUCAGAAUUCAUGUACAAAAAUUACACACCUCUGACAAACCUUUGAAAUGUAAACGCUGUGGAAAAUCAUUCCCAGACAGAUAUAGCUACAAAUUGCAUAGUAAAACUCACGAAGGAGAAAAGUGUUAUAAAUGUGAUUUGUGUCCAUAUGCUUCUAUAUCCGAGCGUCAUCUCGAGAGCCACAUGUUAAUUCAUACUGAUCAAAAACCAUAUCAAUGUGAUCAUUGCUUUCAAUCAUUCAGACAAAAACAACUUCUCAAACGGCAUUAUAAUUUAUAUCAUAAUCCUACUUAUGUCCCCCCUCCGCCACAAGAAAAGACACAUCAAUGCCCUGAAUGUGAACGACCGUUUAGGCAUAAAGGGAAUCUUAUUCGACAUAUGGCUGUUCAUGAUCCGGAAUCAUCUCUUCAAGAAAAGCAACAAGCAUUGAAGAUGGGUAGACAGAAAAAGAUUCAAAUUAUAGAUGGACAGAGAGUCGAGGUCAUGACAGGUGAUUUAGCUACUAAACUUAAAGGUUACGAAGAUGAAGAAGAAGAUGAAGAGGAUAUGAUGGCGGUCGAAGGAAGUGAUGGUCAACAAUAUGUUGUAUUAGAAGUUAUACAGCUAGCUGACAAUCAAGGAACUGAUCAACAAAUGGCCGUAGUAGCCAGUGAAGAUGGAGAUUUGAUGAUGCAAGAUCCUUUGAGUCAAGAAAGUGGGAUCGUAACUGGUACAGGCGAAGAAGGAGAUGAAGCAGAAGAAGAGGAAGAAGAAGAAGAAGAAGAAGAAAUAGAAAUGAAUGAAUUAAAAAUAGAAGCAGGAACUGCUAUGAAAUCUUCAUCUCAGAACACACAAAGUGAUCCAAAAUUACAGAAGGAAAUGGAAACCUGUUUUGGUUUUGACGAGGAAGAGGAAGAAGAAGAUGGAGCCAAUGGUAACAUAAAUAUAUUGCAGACUAUUUCGUAAUAUGAAAAAUGAAUGCGACAAAAUCUAUCGAUGUAAUAGUCAAAUGUUUUAUCUGUUUCGCAGUAACACCGUACAUACUGCGAGUACUGUUUAAUAUUAUUUAAAGACUCUGUGAAUAGCUCCAAUGGAGCCAAUUUUCGGGCCAGCGUGGUCCAUACGCAUGGUACAAGAACAUUUUUUGCCACUAGUGCAUUAGAUGUAUGUAAUAAUUUAUGAAAAAACAGUAGUUCUAUAAUUUAGUGAAAUAUAAAGCGAAUGUACAUUUAUAAUAAUGUAAUUAAUAUUAGUUUACUUCGUUAUCAGUAAAAUUUGCUUUAAAAAAUCGUAACUCAACAAGACCGUCACUAAUGCAUUCGGAUAUAUUAUUAACAUAGAUUGACCUAAUAUUUUUAAACCAGUCAUUUAGUAAAUGUUAGCAUAAGAACAUAGAAUGUAAUAAUACAUUUCCAUUGAUUGAUUAUUGUUGGUAUGUGGUUAAUGGAACUAAAAUUACGGAAUAACGCGAGGCUGCAAUGUAUAUACAUGCUUACCAUUACAUUUCAUUUUAUGGAUAAACAUCAUAUUCUAUAAAUAACUAGAGGAAAGACAAGCGGUAAAUUUAAUAGUGAUGAUCGAGUUUUAAGUUAUUUAAUAUGAAUGAUAUCUGCAUAUAUGUAGGAAUGUACAUAAUAAGAAAUUCGUAUUGCAGCAUAAAAAGUUAGAAAUUUUUCAUUGAUCUAGCAGAUGUUACAUUUGUGAUUGUAUAGAAGUAUUUCAUAAUAUUAAUAAAUGAUCAUUCUAUAAAUAAGUACCUAUAUAUAAUAUUAAUGACCAUGACUAUCAGGUCAAAUUUUUUGUGGAUACAGGAUAAGGUAUGAAUGGCGGAAAGUAUCUUGAUAUUAAGAGAACUGUAAUGAUUAUUAGUAUAAUUAUAAUAAUUUUUUAUUCAUCUUUUUUAAUUACGUUUCCUUUAGAACAUUACAUGUUUAGGCUGCACCUUCUUUUCCAUAUUGAUUGCAACUAUAACAAAAUGCAAAUAGACUAGUAAAAAAAUAUUACAUAUGAUUGUAAACAGUGAUGAAGCUUUUAAUUCAUUGAAUCCUUUUGCAUUCUAUCGAUUUGUGACAGUUUAACUUCUUGUAUAAUUUUGUGAUUGCGCAGCAUUCAGAAACAUCCAUUUCCUAUCUAUAUGGAUUACAUGUAGACUUCUCUUAUGUAGCCAAUUUCUUGUAAAUGUAAUCUUACACGCAAUUUUUCAUAAACUGUCGCACGUAAGUUAUUCUAUAUAAAUCGUUAAUGUAAUUGAUGCUGUAAAAACAAUGUAAAAAUUUUGUACGCUCUUGUACACUUUUUAUACAAUUGUAAUUGAGCAAUUGAUAAUUGUGUGCUAUUUAAGCCGAAGCACUUUCAUACAAUAUCCCAAAGAAAAAAUGGUGUAGCAUCUUCUUUAUAAUAAACAUUAUGUUGUCGACGAUA